CCUCCUCGCGCACAGGCGCGCGCACUCACACACUCGCACGACGCCCAACCUUCGCCGCUGCUGCCGCCACCCGGCGAUCUCUCGCAGGGGCUCCCGGCUCGGCCAGCCAGCCCUGCCAGCCCACUUGGGCCCUGGCUCCCGUGGGGGACGCAGCGAAUUCCUGCGGAUCCUCCUCCUGCCUCGGAGCCCGGCGCGAUUCCCUCCCUCGGCCGCCCCGCCCCGAGGAGCAGCCGCCGCGCUCGCCACCAGGGGAGAGGAUGCCUGGCUUUGGCACCGAGACACGCGCCGCCGCCGCCGCCGCCGCUGCUUAGUCGCGCUCAGCUGCCUGCUUUCCGGCCCCGAUCGCCUUUCUUUGAUUCCAGCCAGGAAGGGAGAAGGAGGAGGAUCCUCUCCGCCGCCACCUCCUCCUCCCCGCCGCCGCCAGGUGCCGCCUGGGCUCGGGAACCCUUGGCGCUCUCGCCGUGCGCCUUUGCGCUUCGCAGCCUCUCCAAAAGCCCCGCACGGCCAGCGCAGCCGGCGAGCAUUGCAUCCCUCGGAGCGCCAGCUCCCGGCUGCCGACGCUGGCCCUGCUUCCAGAGCUGCUUCUCCUUCCCUGUCCCAGGCCUGACCAUGAUGGACCUGAAGGUGGACGAAGAGGAGGUGGAGAACGGGCAGCCGGUGAGCAUCGAGGCGUUCGCCAGCAAUUCCACGCUGCACGGCCUGUCGCACAUCUUCUCGUACGAGCGCUUCUUCGCCAAGCGCGUCUUCUGGACCCUUUGCUUCCUGGGCUCCUUGGCCAUGCUGCUCUUCGAGUGCAACGAGAGGAUCCAGUACUACUUCCUCUACCCGCACGUCACCAAGCUGGACGAAGUGGCCGCUUCCCACAUGACCUUCCCGGCCGUCACCUUCUGCAACCUCAACGAGUUCCGCUUCAGCCGGGUGACCAAGAAUGACCUGUACCACGCUGGUGAGCUGCUGGCCCUCCUCAAUAGUCGGUACGAAAUCCCAGACACCCAAAUGGCCGACGAGAAGCAGCUGGAGAUCCUCCAGGAGAAGGCCAAUUUCCGCAACUUCAAGCCGAAACCCUUCAACAUGCGGGAAUUCUCCGACCGAGCCGGCCACGACAUCCAGGAAAUGCUGCUUGCCUGCACGUUCCGUGGGACGCCGUGUGACCCCAGUGACUUCAAAGUGGUGUACACACGCUACGGAAAGUGUUACACAUUCAACUCAGGUCAGCCUGACAAGCCGCCACGCAUCACCAAUAAGGGAGGAACGGGGAACGGCUUGGAGAUCAUGUUGGACAUUCAGCAAGAUGAGUAUCUCCCUGUCUGGGGAGAGACAGAUGAGACCUCAUUUGAAGCUGGGAUCAAGGUGCAGAUCCACAGCCAGGAUGAGCCACCCUGCAUUGACCAGCUGGGAUUUGGGGUGGCACCUGGUUUCCAGACGUUUGUCUCCUGCCAGGAGCAGCGGCUCAUCUACCUUCCUCCACCUUGGGGCGACUGCAAGUCGGUGACCAUGGAAUCCGAAUUCUACGAUACCUACAGCAUCGCAGCCUGCCGCAUCGACUGUGAGACCCGCUACUUGGUGGAGAACUGCAACUGCCGCAUGGUGCACAUGCCUGGUGAUGCUCCCUACUGCACCCCUGAGCAAUACAAGGAGUGUGCAGACCCCGCUCUUGACUUCUUGGUGGAGAAGGACAACGACUACUGCGUGUGUGAGAUGCCUUGCAACGUCACCCGCUAUGGCAAGGAGCUCUCCAUGGUCAAGAUUCGUAAGGCAUCAGCCAAGUACCUGGCCAAGAAAUACAACAAGAGCGAGCAGUACAUUGGGGAGAACAUCCUGGUACUGGACAUUUUCUUUGAAGCUCUGAACUAUGAGACCAUCGAACAGAAGAAAGCAUACGAAGUGGCUGGACUUCUGGGUGACAUCGGGGGACAGAUGGGGCUGUUCAUUGGAGCCAGCCUCUUAACUGUGCUGGAGCUAUUUGACUACGCCUACGAAAUUAUCAAGUUCCGCUUCUUUCGCCGCGGCAAAUGCCAGAAGAAACACAAAAGCAACAACAGCGACAAAGGGGUAGCCCUGAGUCUGGAUGAUGUGAAACGCCACAAUCCGUGCGAGAGCAUCCGAGGCCACCCAGCGGGCAUGACGUACGCAGCCAACAUCCUACCUCACCAUCCGGCCCGGGGAACGUUUGAGGACUUUACUUGCUAACUGACCACUGGAUGUACAACUAACACUACCAAAGGAAGGGACCUUCGCUGAGCAGCCCUGGCCCAGCCCACGAACCUGCCAACUGACUCGUCAGGGCCUCUAUCUCAGACUCCCAGGGGGAGGCAAGCUGGAUCCGGCCUCUCCUCAACCCAUCCGCCCCAAGGCCAAGGCAGCGAUACGCACAUGGAGCAAACUGGACAGAGGGAGGGACGGGUUGGAGGUUAUCUGUUCCACCAGGUCCACACCAGUUUCUGCUCUUGUCCCUAUGAAUGCCCUCAGACUCUUAACUCGACAGAAGAGCUGCCAAGCGGAGGAGAAGACACCGCCUUCUCCAGUCCACAUGCGGAGAAGUUUGACUGCCUAUGUGCCCCUCCUUUGGCCUCCAUGCUGCCCCAUGCCUUGUUGGUGUCAGCCACCUUGCGUGAAGGCCCUUUUUUUCUCUUUCAACGUCGAUGCCAAGAAGAACCUACAGGAGUGCCAGCCAAACUGUUCCCACACAGUAUUCGGUUUCGUAAGGGCCACUUGCCGUAUCCAAAGGAGGUGCUACAUCAGUUCCAUUCCUUCCCACCCACCAUCUCUGUAUCACCACCUUGCUGUGUGUUGUGGGAGGCCACAGCUGAGGCUUUUCCUGUAGCAAGACCGUAACUGAACUGUGAGGGCCCAACUGAAUAUCACCUGUUGUCUCGCCCAACUACCUGAUUCCCUUUGCUCCAGCCUGGUCUGGGUCUCAGCCUUGUUCACCCCCCCCAAGAGAGGCAAGGAAUGAUUGGCAGAUGAACUGUUCCAAAGUUCAAAACAUUGGUGUUUACAAGCUGCCCUGGUCCCCUUCUGUGCAUGUUCUUAGGGGUUACGUGAAAAGUAAGGUUCAGAGAGAAGUCUGCCAUUUCUCAGUAGGGUACAAAACCAGAUUGCUUUCAAACAAGCCUCACUUGAGGGUUCUGCAGCUUCUGAAAGGAGAAGAGUUAGCUGCCUACCCUGCUGAAUAUGACCUUGGGUUUCCUCUCCCCUACCUUCUCCAGAGCCAUGGCAACUUAUAGCCCAGUCCUACAGGCAGAAAGAAGCAGCAGCAUCAUUUCUUUGGCUGUGCAGAUGUGUAAGGGUGACCAGUGCCAGUUCCUGCCUCAGCACCACACUACAAAAGGACAGAAAGCACCUACUUGUAGGCUAGUGACAAUGAUAGCUCCGCUUUGGUGCAACGCAGAAAACCUGUUGCCCCUUAAUUUCUACGGGAUUUGGCAAACAUAACCCAUCCUAACUUUCAGGCAGGAGUUUGCCAGCAGUGAUGGGCAG